AUGGAUCCCUUCACCAAAAUCCCCGCCGAGUUACGUCUGCAAAUAUUCUCGUACCUUCAAUCCAAGGCCACUCUCUCGAGCAUCCUCGAAGCCUCUCCAGUAAUGUGCGAGCAAUACCUUGAAUUCAAAAGCAUAAUAAUACGAAAUUUGCUCGAGGGCGACUUCGAUGACGGAAUGAUUCAAGAUGCCAUGGCAAUCAUUCUAUUCCCGUCUCUUCGAAAGGCCCGAAAGUCCCGAAAGAGUCUGCUCCUCGUUGAAGAACAUUUAAACUCAUGGGAGGGUCAAGAGCUUCCAAAUCCCUUUGUGACCCGCGAUGCCCUUCUCAUGAAACAACUCGAUAAAUUGCAUAGUCUUCUAAUGAUGUUUGUCGAAGACUACAUCACAAAGGCGAAAGCGGCCUUCCCACCUCGGGAAUACAUCUGUCUCCCUCAGCCUACUCACAUCCAGAGCUACCUCAUAUUCAAGGGGAAAAAGGUUAUAAAAAGAUUCGAUUCAUGUCACCUGCAGGAAGGUGAAAGAAGACGUCUCUUGAGAGCAUUUCUACGAGUUGAGCUGUCGUCUCUGGCCUACAAGGUACUCAGCUUCACCCCGGGAAACCGCGCUCUAUUUGGAAAACUAGCCAGAAAACUCACAAGGCGACGAAUUGAGGGAUUUCACUGCGUCUGGACGUAUGCAUCCUCACUAUAUGGAGCUCUCUUUGGUCACUGCGGUGACGCAUGGUUGCCUGAAGCCGAUGCACCUCCCGAAACUGGACUUCUAUUUCCUGAUACGCUCUUCGUAGACCCAGUCAAGUAUGGUCGGGACGUUGGUAUUCGCUCUCGUGAAAUGGAGGUGGCCGUCAGGAACAUGGCUUGUUACGUGUUUCCCUUGAUCGUCAGGAUGAUUCGCUUUGCCGCAGCAAGACCAAAAGAUACCGAACCUCUGGACAGCUUUGUCAAGAGGCUUUGCAGUUUUGAAAUGGACCACUCCCUGAGAAUGGAAGAUCACUUCAUAAUAGCAAGAUUCUCGCGGGGACCAAUGUGCGGACUUUCCUAUAGUCAGGGUCCCGCUGAGCCAGCGUGGUGGGAGUUCCUUAAUUCGCAGCUAUCAUGUCAUGACACUAUGCAGAUAAAGAUAUUUCAACAGCGGGCAUGGCCAUUCUUCGAUGACGACCGCCACUACCCAAAGGGCACAGGGGCAUUGUCAUUAUUCCCCAAAAGGCCUGCCUUGCUCAAGAUGGAACGAGAAAGGCUUGAUGCGUCUAGGGCCCUCUCUUUCAGUCAGAUGGAAAGGAAAUUCGAAAAGUUUCGGCGAUCACAAAAGUGGCAUGACAAGAUUUCGGCUAGGACCUUAAUGGGCGAUCGUGAGGUGUCGCAUCAGAGAUCGGGGAUCAGGAAAAAUUACUGGCAUGGAAUCACUGGCAGCGCUUUGCUCGACGAGAUGGGCCACAGUAGGGUUAUGUGCUCGUAG